AUGACGGUGACAGUGGCAAUGACAGUGACACCGACACCAAUGGCAGUAGCAGUGACACCAAUGGCACAAGAUUGUGGCCAGUUGCAGCAAGAUUGUGGCCAAUUGCAGCAAGAUUGUGAUCAGUUGCAGCAAGAUUGUGGCCAGUUGCAGCAAGAUUGUGACCAGUUGCAGCAAGAUUGUGGCCAGUUGCAGCAAGAUUGUGGCCAGUUGCAGCAAGAUUGUGGCCAGUUGCAGCAAGAUUGUGGCCAGUUGCAGCAAGAUUGUGGCCAGUUGCAGCAAGAUUGUGGCCAGUUGCAGCAAGAUUGUGGCCAGUUGCAGCAAGAUUGUGACCAGUUGCAGCAAGAUUGUGACCAGUUGUUGCAAGAUUGUGACCAGUUGUUGCAAGAUUGUGACCAGUUGCAGCAAGAUUGUGACCAGUUGCUUCAAGAUUGUGACCAGUUGUUGCAAGAUUGUGACCAGUUGUUGCAAGAUUGUGGUCAGUUGCUGCAAGAUUGUGACCAGUUGUUGCAAGAUUGUGACCAGUUGUUGCAAGAUUGUGACCAGUUGCAGCAAGAUUGUGACCAGUUGCUUCAAGAUGGUGACCAGUUGUUGCAAGAUUGUGACCAGUUGUUGCAAGAUUGUGACCAGUUGCAGCAAGAUUGUGACCAGUUGCUGCAAGAUUGUGACCAGUUGCAGCAAGAUUGUGACCAGUUGCUUCAAGAUGGUGACCAGUUGCUGCAAGAUUGUGACCAGUUGUUGCAAGAUUGUGGCCAGUUGCUGCAAGAUUGUGACCAGUUGUUGCAAGAUUGUGGUCAGUUGCUGCAAGAUUGUGGCCAGUUGCUGCAAGAUUGUGACCAGUUGCUGCAAGAUUGUGGCCAGUUGCUGCAAGAUUGUGGCCAGUUGUUGCAAGAUUGUGGCCAGUUGCUUCAAGAUGGUGACCAGUUGUUGCAAGAUUGUGACCAGUUGCUGCAAGAUUGUGGCCAGUUGCAGCAAGAUUGUGGCCAGUUGAAGCAAGAUUGUGGCCAGUUGCUUCAAGAUUGUGACCAGUUGUUGCAAGAUUGUGACCAGUUGCAGCAAGAUUGUGACCAGUUGCUUCAAGAUGGUGACCAGUUGUUGCAAGAUUGUGACCAGUUGUUGCAAGAUUGUGACCAGUUGCAGCAACAUUGUGACCAGUUGCUUCAAGAUGGUGACCAGUUGCAGCAAGAUUGUGACCAGUUGCUUCAAGAUGGUGACCAGUUGCAGCAAGAUGGUGACCAGUUGCUUCAAGAUGGUGACCAGUUGCAGCAAGAUUCUGACCAGUUGCAGCAAGAUUGCGGCCUGUUGCUGCAAGAUUGUGACCAGUUGCAGCAAGAUUGUGGCCAGUUUCUGCAAGAUUGUGACCAGUUGCUGCAAGAUUGUGGCCAGUUGCAGCAAGAUUGUGACCAGUUGUAG